GGAAUAUAAAGCACGUUCCUCUGUCAAAGUGCGUUAGUGUUUCGUAUGAUCAAGAACUAUCUUCUAUUUUCCUAAAAUGAGAUUCUUAAUUGGGCAAACUGACUCGGUCCACUAUAUUGAUCCAUCCGAAAUUUUGAGGCCAGAAGUGACAUUUGCCAAAAAAAAAUUAAGCCAAUUUCGUGACUUCAGCGAUGAUCAAAACCCAAUGAAAGAACGUAUAAAACGGACUUACAAGUUGAUGCACACGAACCAAACUGUCGAUUUUGUCGAAGAACAAGUCAAGAAAUGGUGCAAGUUUAAUCACUUCAAAGCAACCAUCAAGGAAGCCCUUUUAAGAUUAAACGACUUGGUGGACGAAAGUGAUCCAGAUGUGGACAUUCCGAACAUCGUACAUGCUUUUCAAACAGCCGAAAGGAUAAGAACGGAUUUUCCCGAUUACGACUGGUUUCAUUUAACAGGACUGAUACACGAUAUUGGAAAGGUUCUGGUGUUUUUCAAAGAACCUCAAUGGGCAGUGGUAGGAGACACAUUUGUGGUUGGAUGUGAAUGGAGCAAAAACAUCGUAUACAGGGAUACUUCUUUCGUGGAUAACGAGGAUGGAAAAAACAAUAAAUAUAACACUAAAUAUGGAAUGUAUGAUGCCAACUGCGGGUUAGAUAAACUCACUCUGUCCUGGGGCCAUGACGAGUAUCUGUACAGAGUUUUGCUCCACAACAAGACCACACUUCCAGAAAAAGCAUUGAAGAUCAUCAGGUAUCACAGCUUUUAUCCAUGGCACUCCAGUGGAGAUUAUCAACAUUUAAUGAAGGAAGAAGAUGAUGAAACCAAAAAAUGGGUGCUAAUUUUCAACAAAUACGAUUUGUACACCAAAAACCAAGAAGUACCUGAUAUUGACAAAUUAUGGCCCUACUAUGAAGCUUUAAUCGACAAAUACAUUCCAGGAGUGUUAGAAUGGUGAAAGAGAAGGCGUUUGGAAUUAAUUUAAUUAUUUAAUAAAAAUAACAGUGCUUUAUUGCUUUUGCAAUUGGCCACUAACCUCGAUUCUUCAGCCUAUAUGGGUACUCCUUGGGGUACACAUAUUAUAUUAAAUGUCAGCAAUAUUGCACUCUGACAUUGAUAUUAUGUAUUAAUAGCCUGUCUUUCAACAUCAUUGUGGGGUUGAAUUGAAUAGCUUGCUAGACUUCAUUCUGGAUGUCAUCACUGGCCAACAUAUUAUUUACCUAGUUUUUCGAAUGUGAGAUAAAUUAACUUAUUUCAUUAUUGAAGAUUUCACACAUCAAUGUGAAAUUAAUGAAUAAAAAGAAGGCUGAUAAAUUAGAAUACUAAUUCCAUUGAGGCUGAGUAAAGGCUGGAGUUGAAAUUAAUAAAGUAAAAUUUAAAUAAAAUACCAACCAUUUCAAUAUUGUAAACAAAAAUGGUUUCAAAUAUGCUUUUAAUGACAUAUUCAUUAUGAAUUAUUUGAUGACUUUUUAUCAAUGUUUAUCCAUCAUUGAAUAAAAUAACACCGAUUUUGAUCUGGUUAUUGGAAAGAAAUCGCUAGCAUAAUAGUCAAUAUAUAUAAUUUUUCAUC